UCAUUCUUUUCGUUAUCUCUCAGUGUUGAUCCAGCAUUGGUCAAGAAAAUCACCCAUCAGACACUGCAGGCAGUCAACUUCUGUCAUCAACAUAAUUGUAUCCACAGAGAUGUGAAACCAGAGAACAUCCUGAUUACUGAAAAGGGAGUUAUAAAGCUGUGUGACUUUGGAUUUGCCAGAAUGCUUAAUAAAAAUGACGAGUACACAGAUUAUGUUGCUACUCGUUGGUACCGUGCUCCAGAGCUUCUUGUUGGCGACGUCCAUUACAGCUUCCCAGUUGAUGUCUGGGCUAUCGGCUGCGUGUUUGCAGAGCUCAUAAGUGGCCAGCCCCUGUGGCCUGGGAGAUCUGAUCUUGAUCAGUUGUAUUUGAUCAGAAAGACUUUAGGUGAUCUCACUGAAGAUCAAAAGAAGAUCUUCAAGGCAAAUCAGUUCUAUCGUGGAUUAACUAUUCCGGAACCUCAGGAAAUGGAUCCUUUAGAGUCAAAAUUCAAGAUUCAAAAAGAAGCUAUGAGUUUUAUGAAGGUGCGUAGAAGGAAAAGGAUAUGUUUAAAUGCCAAGGGACAAACAACGGGCUACAAGGGCCUUGAUUGUCACGCAGGACAAUUUGACGGGAAGGUUUCUCAACGGCUGUGGGAAAAACUUUUCAAGAACGACAUUACAGUUUUAUUUUACACUGUACAUGAUAUAUGAAUUAGUGAGUUAUAAUUAAUCCAGCGAUCUAGGAUGAAAAUGACGACAACAAAAACGUGGGUAAACAAAACUUUUGACUCGUGCAAAGGUUCUGCAUGUGCGUUAUAAUUCUUGGUACAUUUCUUAGCCGUCCUGUGGAAAACAACAACGGGAAAUGAUCAAACUCCGCAAAUGUUCCGUGUUUAAUGCAUUCAGUUUCAGCUUAAAAUAUUUCUUAGAUCAGACGACGAAGUAAACGUAAGUUAUAUUUUCUUAAUCGCGACAUAAUGCCAUGAAACGUAAGUUUACUUCUUAAAAAUGGCCGUGAUUUCUGUUGUUAAGUUCCUUUGUCUCGCAACCCAGACGCAAAAAAAGAAAAUCGUAUGUAGUAUAACAACGUGAUAUUCUUGUUAACGUUGCGGUUUCAGUUUCCUUUCACCUCGUCGCCAAAUUUAUUAGGACUUUCAUGAGGUUUAAUAUUUACACUAUUUGCUACAUAGUACGGAAGGAAUACUUCAAUCGUUGUUUAACACUUACCAUCAUCUGUGCCUCCCCGAAUGAAGAAUGCUGCAAUUCGUUGUUAAAUAUCGCUGUUUUGUCCUGUUGUU